AUGCAAACCGAUGUCAAAGUGUUGGACGUCGAAACCGUCGAUGCUAUUGUACAAGCGUAUAUACCAGAUAAAAAUACGCAACGCAUCUUAUAUGGCCUUGUCAGAGAUUUCCAUGCGCCUUGCGGACAAUUAAAUAUGUUCGCCAAAUACAUGAUGAAUGGCAAAUGUAAAAAAUUUUAUCCCAAACCCUAUAGAACCCAUACUUCCCUACACAUGGGUGAUAAUAAGAGACCAGAAUACAAACGUCCCGACGAUGGUCGGACGAUUUAUGUAGAUGCUAAUCGUUGUCGGGUAACAAAUAGACGAAUUGUACCCUAUAAUGCUUAUCUAUUGAGCAAAUAUCAAUGUCAUAUUAAUAUCGAAGUGGUAGGUUCCCUCUAUACGAUGAAAUAUCUACAUAAAUAUAUACAAAAAGGCUCAGACUCUAUAACCCUGCACAUCGGUGACGGUAAUAAUGAUGGGAAUACUCGAGCACAUUCCCAGCCAACGACUGAAUUGCAGCGAACUCCCAUCGAAACUUUGGUUAUCGAUGAAAUAAAAAAUUAUCAAGAUUAUAGAUACGUUAGUACGAUGGAAGCGAUGUGGAGAAUUCUCGAAUUUAGAAUGCACGAUCGCUCCCAUUCGGUGUUAGUGUUGCCUGUACACUUACCGGGCGAUAGAACAAUAAUGUUUGAAGAAUUAGGAGAAGCCAAUAACAUUGAAGCGCGUCUGAAAUCACGCUCAAAGUUAGAAGCUUACUUUGAAUUGAAUUCGCACGACGUUGUCGCUCGUACUUGUAUCACGAAAUUCCUCGAACAUUACACCUGA